AAAUAAAUAAAUAUAAUGAUGAAUAUAUGUAAUAUGAAAAAUCAUUAACUUGUUAUAAAAAAUCAAAAAGUUAUACUAAAAUUUUGAUUUUUGUUUCUUUGAUUGGUAGAUGUUGUUUUGAUCUGCUUGUUUGUUACCUUCUUCUCCCUUUAAUCUAUCUAUUCAUCUGCUUCGUCGGUUCCUUCUCUCUCUCUCUCUAGAUCGUAUAAUUCAUUCACUUCCGGCGGUCAUAGAAUCUUCCAGAACCUCCAUGAUUCUUCCAUCACUCUUCUCCAUCUCUAUGGAGCAAAACAACCCAUAAACAUCAUCACUAAUAUGCCUCCUCAACUCCGAACUAGAACACCAAGAAUCAACCCGAACCAGAACCCAAAUCAAAACCCGAUCACAAAACCCGCUCCAAGAGGUAGAAGAGGUAGACCUGCAAAAAACCGUAACGCGAUCGCUGAAAACGAACAACCUCACGCGCCUCUUGUUAGGGUUUCAACAGAUAAUAAUAAUAAUAAUAUAAUUAUUAAGCAAGAUAUUAUGGAUGAUGACUGUAAUAGCGGUGCUAGGACUCCUGAUGAUAAAGCUCCGGUGGCUGAUGAUGAAGGAACUACACCUCCUAUUCCUGAAAAAGUUCAAGUAGGUGGUUCACCGUUGUAUAGAGUAGAUAGAAAGCUUGGGAAAGGAGGAUUUGGUCAGGUUUAUGUUGGUCGCCGUGUCGGUGCCGGAGCAGGAGCUCAUGAGGUGGCUUUGAAGUUUGAGCAUAAAAGUAGUAAGGGAUGUAAUUAUGGACCUCCUUACGAGUGGCAGGUUUACAAUGUAUUAGGUGGUAGUCAUGGUGUUCCACGAGUUCAUUACAAGGGAAAGCAAGGUGAUUUCUAUGUUAUGGUCAUGGAUAUUCUUGGCCCUAGUUUAUGGGAUGUUUGGAAUAACAAGACACACACGAUGUCUGCUGAAAUGGUGGCAUGUAUAGCAAUUGAGGCUGUCUCCAUAUUAGAGAAGAUGCAUUCUAGAGGAUACGUGCAUGGUGAUGUAAAACCUGAGAACUUUUUGCUUGGCCCUCCGGGAACUCAUGAAGAGAAAAAGCUUUUUUUGGUUGAUCUUGGAUUAGCAACCCGUUGGCGUGAUAAUUCGACUGGUCUUCAUGUUGACUAUGAUCAACGUCCAGAUGUAUUUAGGGGAACAGUUCGUUAUGCCAGUGUCCACGCUCAUCUUGGUAGGACAGGUAGCAGAAGAGACGAUUUGGAAUCUCUUGCAUACACGCUAAUCUUCCUUCUUCGUGGACGGCUACCUUGGCAAGGAUACCAGGGAGAAAAUAAAGGAUUUCUUGUCUGCAAGAAGAAGAUGUCCACCUCACCAGAAAAUAUGUGUAUUCUUUGUCCCGCACCUUUUCGGCAGUUUAUUGAGUACGUUGUGAAUUUGAAGUUUGACGAAGAACCAAAUUAUGCAAAAUAUAUAUCACUUUUCGAUGGAAUUGUUGGUCCAAAUCCAGACAUUAGACCCAUAAAUACUGAUGGUGCACAGAAGCUUAUAUAUCAGGUUGGACAUAAGAGAGGACGAUUGACCAUGGAAGAAGAUGAUGAUGAGCAACCAAAGAAGAAAGUCAGAAUGGGAAUGCCAGCAACACAAUGGAUUAGUGUGUACAAUGCACGCCGACCUAUGAAGCAAAGGUACCAUUACAAUGUUACUGAUAUACGGUUGUCCCAACACAUUGAGAAGGGAUACGAAGAUGGGUUAUUUAUCAGCAGCGUAGCUUGUUGUUCUAACCUUUGGGCACUGAUUAUGGAUGCCGGCACUGGUUUCACCGCACAAGUUUAUGAACUCUCACCCCACUUCCUUCACAAGGAAUGGAUUAUGGAACAAUGGGAAAAAAAUUAUUACAUUAGUGCCAUAGCUGGAGCUAAUAAUGGGAGCUCUUUGGUUGUAAUGUCGAAAGGGACUCAAUAUUUGCAGCAAUCCUAUAAGGUCAGUGAAUCAUUUCCAUUCAAGUGGAUUAAUAAAAAAUGGAAAGAAGGAUUUUUUGUCACUGCUAUGGCCACUUCUGGAAGUAGAUGGGCAAUUGUCAUGUCCCGUGGUGCUGGAUUUUCAGAUCAGGUUGUGGAGCUAGAUUUCCUGUAUCCUAGUGAAGGUAUUCAUCGAAGGUGGGACAGUGGUUUCCGCAUCACAUCAACUGCUGCUACAUAUGACCAGGCUGCUCUUGUUCUUAGUAUUCCAAGAAAGAAACCAACUGAUGAAACUCAAGAAACACUCCGCACAUCUGACUUUCCUAGUACUCAUGUCAAGGAAAAAUGGUCAAAGAACCUCUAUAUUGCAUCUAUUUGUUAUGGAAGAACAGUUUCAUGAGCCUUGAAGCUUUAUGAGAUUCAGCUGACAUAAUUUUGACUUUUCAUGUCACACUGUCUUCUCUUACAUCUGCUAGUUUUGGAACCGGAGAUCCUCUAUGACAAGUUUGCUGAACAAAUCCCUUCGGCAUUGAUGUAUGCAUAACCUUUCAUUAUGGCCGUAAUCACUAAUCAUAUGAUGUGAUAUCUUUGCACUGUAUAUCAAAUGUAUCAAAAUGCUUACGAGCAAUUUAGAUAAUUUUUGUCCACCUGGAUGAGUCUUGAUAGAAAGUUUGUAGUGGUUUGAACAAUAAUUACAAUAUGAAGGUACACAGCUUAGGUUUGUUUAUCCAUAUGGUAUUUUGUAAAUGUGCUACUAUAAUUUUCCAGUGUGGUUACUGGACAUUUUCAGCUGUGCAUCCUUGAACUUGGACCUCUUUUCUCCUUUCCUUUAUUGGCGUAAAGCUACUUUAUUUAUUUCUCUCUGAUCA